AUGAAAAGCAUAGUAGCCGUAACAUUAGUUCUGUGUCUUCUUUCAAAUCAAGUUAUCUCUAAGAAGCAUAACUAAGAUGAAGAGCAUUCAGCUUUUGAAAAAAGUAUAACAUUAUGAUUAAUAUAUAUAGGUCAUAAAAAAUUAGCACUUUCUGAUGAUCCAGCUUAUGGAAAAUUAGAAGAAAUUUAAGAUCAUCCACUUGGAUCUAAGAUUUUAUAAACAAUUGCUCUAUAAUUAAGAGGCAAUGAAUCAUUAAGUGCUGUUAGCAAAUUAUUGAAUGAUUUGAAAGGUGAUCUUGAAGUAAUUAUAUAUAUAUAUUCUAUUCAAGGGUAAAUAAAUUGAUGCUGAUAAUGAAAGAGCUUAAAUUGGAUCUCAAUGCAAAAAAGAUCUAUAAAAUUAUAGUCAAAGAAUUAGUUUAUCAAUUAAUGAAAUUAAAGAUGCUGAAUUCAAAGCUAAAAGAUUAAAUGAAGCCAUUGCUGUCUAUUAAGCUGAAAUCAAUGAAAAAGCUAGAUAAAUCAAAGUCUUUUAAGCUAAGGAUGAUACUUUAAGAGAUAUUAGAAGAUAAGACAAUUUAGAUUUCUCAACCAGAACAACUUAAAUGAAAGAAAUGGUUCAAGCCUUUGAAGUCAUCUUACCAAAACUCCAUUAAGUUUGGGAUGUAGCUGCAGCUCAUAAGGCUGGUUCUUUCAUUGAAGAAGAAGCUAUUAAUGAAGCUUUAGUACAAUUAGCUAAGAUUGGAGAAGAAAAUCCAAUUACUGCUAUGGUUGCUUUGACAUCCACCUUAGAACCAACUGCAGUUUAGACUUUAAUUGAAAAAAUGGAAGCUAUUAGAGAUUCUAUUAAGGAAAGUAUUUAAGCUGAAGAAGAAGCUGAAGCCAAAAAUGCUAGAGUAUUUUAUUAUAUUUAUUAUAUUUAAGGAUACUGACACUAUUUUAGCUUCUAUUUUUAAUGCUAUUGAAAGUUUAACCAGAGAAAAGGCAAGUGAUGAGGAAGCUUUGUAAGAGACAAUUAGAAAUAGAGAUAUUCAAGACAAGAGAAGCAGAGAUGCUCAUGCUGUAUCAUAUUAUUAUAUCAUUAGGAAUUCAAUGCUGCUAAGAAUGGAAAUUAAUAAAGAAAUCAAUAAUGCUAGGAAUACGAAUUAUAAUAUUAAUAAAACACAAUUGAAAGAGAUAAAUAAAUUGCCAUAAUUAGAGAUGUUUAAAACAUCAUAGCCACCAAAAUAGAAGUUGUUACAUGCUUUGUUGAGGAAAACAAUUUAUUUUGAUA